AUGGCCGGGGGCGUCUUUCUAAGAGAUGGUUAUAGCAUUCAAAUGGAGAGCUUGCUAUGGAUUUUUGCGACAGCUGUUUUAGCCAUGAGCCUCUCUUGGCAAACCCCCGCGGGGAUUGUGAGCCCCGAGUUUGUUUCUUUAACACUUCUUGCUUUACUUGGACAACACCUUCUGAUCAGUGCCACGGAUUUGAUGGCCAUGUAUGUUUGUCUUGAGCUCCAAAGUUUUGCCAUUGUAGUUCUUUGUAGCAUGGACUAUCGCAGCGCCUACUCUUUAGAAGCAGGAAUUAAGUACUUUUUGUUGAGUGCUUUCAGUAGCUGUUUACUCUUGCUCGGGAUUGGCUUAAUCUAUUGGGAAACUGGGCUUACGCAGUGUCAUCAUUUGGUUGAACUGUUGAGAACAACCUCUGGUGAGCCAAGUGCUGGGCUUUGGCUAGGUAUUUGGUUGGUCAGUAUGGGACUUUUGUGGAAACUCUCCGCAGCGCCUCUUCAUUUGUGGGUUGCAGACGUAUAUAUGGGAGCUGUAAGUUGUGUUACCUUAUUUUUAAGCACUCUUCCCAAAAUCGCCCUUCUAGGUUUUUGGGUUCAUACAUGGCAUCCAUUAUGGCAGAGCACUUUUGGGAGUGGUCUGGCUGUUUUUAGUGCGUUAUCUCUAAUGGUUGGGGCUUUAGCUCCAAUGGCACAAACCCAUCUGAAGCGUUUAUUAGCUUUGAGUAGUGUAGGUCAUAUGGGGUUUUUGCUGAUGCCAUUGUCUGCAGGACAUGAGGCUUUCGCGGCACUCUGGACUUACCUAGCUAUUUAUCUAGUCACCAACCUAGCCAUGUGGGGUCUAUUAAUGUGGCCCUUUGGUCGACCCGGACAAUCCUUUGCAGGUCCUCAAUAUAUUUGGGAUUUCUCUGCACUCAACCAAACAUCUCCUGCCGCCGCCACUGCUUGGACAGGUGCCCUUCUAAGUUUGGCAGGUCUUCCUCCAGUGGCAGGGUUUUUAGGAAAACUCGGACUUUUCUGGUGGGCCUUGAACAGCCACCUUUAUAGUUUGGUUGGAAUUGCACUGGUUGCAACACUCUUAAGCACAGUGUAUUAUUUACGAGUGCUCAAAGUCGCUUAUGUAGAGAAUCCAGAAAAUUGGGGUUCCUAUGGAGAGAUCCCACCUGUCAGUGCCUACCUGGUUGCUCUUUCUUGGGGCUUCUUGGUGGUGCUGCUGUGGCACGGAGCUCCUUUGGUUUUGUUCAGUCAUUGGCUCGCGUUGGCUUCUUCAGUUUUUCAACCUUUCAAUGAAAUCAGGAGAUGCUUCAUGCGAGGGCCCCUCUAG